UACUUUUUAAACCUACAAAUUAAAAAAAAUACAGUUGAAGGGAACAAAUAAUCAAACCCUUAAUGCUAAUGCCAUAAUGCUGUAUACGUUUAGGGAGAUUUAAUUAUUUCAUACAACACGAGAUUAAAGAAGAAUCUUGAAUCUCUUCAGCCUAGCCAAUAUAGCCCUUAUGGGUCAAGAUAAUUUCGCCCCGCAGAAGAGAUCUUCUACUGGCGGCGGCGGAGGUUUACCGACAAUCCGCAACGAGGCUGGCGCUGGCGGAAGAGACCGUGGAUUUCCCAGUAUGCCGCGUGGCAGGCAGAUGCACAAGACAUUCAACAACAUUAAAAUCACAAUCCUUUGCGGCUUCGUUACGAUCCUCGUCUUGCGCGGCACAAUCGGCGUCGGAAAUUUGGGAAGCUCCGAAGCCGAAGCCAUCAACCAAAACCUGAUCGAAGAAACCAACCGGAUCCUAGCUGAGAUCCGUUCCGACUCCGACCCCACGGAUCCCGAUGAAUCUCCUGAAACUGAGCUCAAUCCUAAUGUUACAUACACUCUGGGGCCCAAAAUUACGGACUGGGAUCAGCAGCGUAAGGUUUGGCUUUCCAAAAACCCUGAAUUCCCUAAUUUUGUUAAUGGAAAAGCUCGAAUCUUGCUCGUCACUGGGUCGCCCCCUAACCCUUGUGACAAUGCUAUAGGAGACCAUUAUUUAUUGAAAGCGAUAAAGAAUAAGAUUGAUUACUGUAGGCUUCAUGGGAUUGAAAUUGUUUAUAACAUGGCUCAUUUAGACAAGGAACUUGCUGGUUAUUGGGCGAAAUUGCCAUUGAUUAGGAGGUUAAUGUUGUCUCAUCCCGAACUUGAGUGGAUUUGGUGGAUGGAUAGUGAUGCUUUUUUUACAGAUAUGGUGUUUGAGAUUCCUUUGUACAAGUAUGAGAAGUAUAAUUUGGUUAUUCAUGGCUACCCCGAUUUGUUAUUCGAGCAGAAGUCGUGGAUCGCAUUGAAUACAGGGAGUUUUCUGUUUCGGAAUUGCCAGUGGUCAUUGGAUUUGCUUGAUGCGUGGGCGCCGAUGGGACCUAAGGGUCCGAUUCGUGAGGAGGCUGGGAGGAUUUUGACUGCUAAUUUAAAAGGAAGGCCUGCAUUCGAAGCCGAUGACCAGUCGGCUUUGAUUUACUUGUUGCUUUCGCAAAAGGAUCAAUGGAUGGAUAAAGUGUUCAUUGAGAAUCAAUACUAUUUGCAUGGUUAUUGGGCAGGGCUGGUUGAUAGGUACGAAGAGAUGAUGGAGAAAUAUCAUCCGGGAUUGGGAGAUGAGAGGUGGCCAUUUGUGACUCAUUUUGUGGGCUGCAAGCCCUGUGGGAGUUAUGGAGAUUACUCUGUGGAGAGGUGCUUGCGCAGCAUGCAAAGGGCAUUCAAUUUUGCUGAUAACCAGGUGCUUAAGCUUUAUGGGUUUAGACAUAGGGGAUUGUUAGGCCCCAACAUUAAGAGGAUCAGGAACGAGACGGCAAUUCCUUUGGAGAUUGUUGAUCAGCUCGACAUCCGUCGUUCAGUGCAUGGAAAAACUGAAUCAAAGAGCUAGCAAUCGGAACAGGUACUAAACGUGUCAUAUAGGUAAUGUAAUUUCGCAGUUGAAAAGCUAAUUUCAAUUGCCAUACGCUUCAACUUGUUUGGUAAAAUUGUGUCGAAUUAAAUGAAAAGUUAUGGGUUCCAUGUUUUUUAUUGGUCAAAGCAAGCAGCAAAAAGAGGGGAAAUAUAGAAGAAGGAAGCUUAAGUUGCCGAUAAUUACUUGAUUAGAAUGUUUAGUUAUCAUUUACUCGGAUCAAAUCAUGAAAAAGUUUGAGUUUUGGGGUUGUACCACGGAGUGAGUUGUCGGGACAAACAGCGUAUUGGUAGCUCUGGUAAUGCAUUUGUUAUAUGCUUGAAUUUUUUUUUCUUCAUAUCUUCUAUAUACUGAAAUCUUGUCAUAAUGUGAACUGUAGUGUUAGAGCCAUUACCUAAGGUUUCAUCUUUUGUUUUGUCUCAUGUAUUUGGUUGGGGUUUUCUUUUAGCUGCAAAAUCGAACUGAACUGUUAUGAUUGUAGGAGGGAGCCACUACCUAAUUUUUCAUCUAUUUUUUGGAUGAACCAAACUUUUACUCUUGCUUUUUCGAUUCAUAGUUUUGUACAUAUUUCAGACUUAAUAAAUUUAUGUAUGCAUGAA